AUUUUCAUCGAUCAGCAAGAUGGAAGACAUUGGGCUUAGUACCGCUGUGGACAUUGAAGAUGUGAGCAUGCUUCCUGAGAAGCAAGAACAGGAAGACGACAUGUUCUCCAAGUUCAAGACGCUGGAACGCCACUUGGAGUUCCUCGACAUCCAGGAAGGGUAUAUCAAGGACGAGAUGAAAAACUUGAAGCGCGAGUUGAUCCGCGCCAAGGAGGAAGUGAAGCGCAUUCAGUCCGUGCCGCUGGUCAUCGGUCAGUUUUUGGAAAUGGUCGACGCCAAUUACGGCAUCGUCGGGUCCACGGCCGGUUCCAACUACUACGUCCGCAUCCUCAGUACUUUGGAUCGCGAGCGCUUGAAGCCCAACUCGUCCGUCGCGUUGCACCGCCAUUCGCACGCCGUCGUGGCGAUCUUGCCUCCAGAAUCAGACUCGAGCAUUCAAAUGAUGCAGAUGGAAGAGCGUCCAGACGUGUCGUACUCGGACAUUGGGGGCAUGGACAUCCAGAAGCAAGAAGUCCGCGAAGCCGUGGAGCUCCCAUUGACACACUUUGACCUGUACAAGCAGAUCGGGAUCGAUCCACCGCGCGGUGUGCUCAUGUACGGUCCCCCCGGCACGGGCAAGACCAUGCUGGCCAAAGCCGUGGCCAACGCCACCACCGCGUCCUUCAUCCGGGUGGUGGGUUCUGAGUUCGUCCAAAAGUAUCUCGGCGAAGGCCCGCGCAUGGUGCGCGACGUGUUCCGUCUUGCCAAGGAGAACUCGCCGUGCAUCGUGUUCAUCGACGAAGUGGACGCCAUCGCGACCAAGCGCUUCGACGCGCAGACCGGCGCCGACCGCGAAGUCCAGCGCAUCCUGCUGGAACUGCUCAACCAGAUGGACGGGUUCGACCAAGCGACCAACGUCAAGGUGAUCAUGGCCACGAACCGCGCCGACACUCUGGACCCCGCCCUCCUCCGCCCCGGGCGGUUGGACCGGAAGAUCGAGUUUCCUCUGCCCGAUCGCCGCCAGAAGCGGCUCAUCUACCAAGCAUGCACGGCCAAGAUGAACUUGGGCGAUGAAGUCGACUUGGAGGAUUACGUGAACCGCCCAGAGAAGAUUUCGUGCGCGGACAUCGCGUCCAUCUGCCAGGAAGCUGGGCUUCAAGCAGUUCGGAAGAAUCGGUAUGUGAUUCUGCCCAAGGAUUUUGACAAGGGAUACAAGAACGCCAUCAAGCGCGCCGACACUACGUUCGAGUUCUACCACUAAGUCAGCUACUAGUACUACUAGGCCUACUAGUGCCUUUAGUUGGUCAACUUAUUAAGCAUAGUAGUAGUCAUCACCAUGUUACGAAUCCUGAAUACGGAUUCGAAGGAUUGACAAGAUUCAGUAUAUACAAUACCAGCGAGCUCUAGAAGGUUACACUUAAUAUGUAGGGUCAUGCCCGAUAUAUAUAUAUUGCACAGCCAAGUGUAC